ACGCCUGCUUGGUAUUUAGAUUGAAAAGCAAAACGUCAAACACAUAAUUCAAAUAAAAACAUUGAGUGCAUCAUUUCCGAUACAAGAUUUAUAUUAAUUCAGUUGGCAAAUGUUGUGCAUACAUUAAGUGGCGAACGUUUAUUUUUUCCGCUCCGGCCAUAGUCCAACUACUAUGGAUUUUUUGUUAAAAGACCCCGAGAAGCACGUUGAAAUGUUUACGGUGGAAGCGCCGUAAGUUGUCGACACGAACAAGUGCUAAUGAAUUUACAACUGCUAAAAUAAUUACCGAAUGUAUUAAGGUAAUAUAUCACGUAGCUAAGCAACAAAUAAGUAAAGAGCUCCGCAUAGAGCUGCUAUAAUGAAAACCUUUGUCAGGUAGUUAGCUUAGCUACUAUUUCAGGUAACGUUAGCCGUCGUGAACUGCUGACAACGUUUGUAUAGUAUAAGAGCUGCUUGCUUUUUACACAAGUUGAGACAAACAUGGUGUCUUCACUGGUCGUUCCAGUUAUUGAUGUCCAGAAUGAUAACUUCAGAGAGCUUUGGCCUGCUAUGGUAGUUGCCAUUAAAACGUCUUCCUUCGUUGCACUGGACACGGAGCUAAGUGGUCUUGGAAACAGAAAAUCCUUGCUGGCUGAAUCCAUAGAGGACAGGUAUAGGGCUGUAUGCCAUGCAGCUCGCUCACGCUCCAUCCUCUCUCUGGGAAUCGCCUGUUACAAGAAACUGGACAACAAGGCUGCAGACACAUACCUGGUCCAGGUGUAUAACCUCACCCUGCUGUGUUCAGAGGAGUACAUCAUAGAGCCCCAGUCAGUCCAGUUUCUGGUUCAGCAUGGAUUUGACUUUAACAAGCAGUACGCCCACGGAAUCCCUUACUGUAAGGGCAAUAAUAAGGGCGCAUCAGACGAUCAGGGCGUCCACAUCCGAGCCUUGUUCACUGAACUGCUGCGUGCCAGGAAACCUCUGGUGCUCCACAACGGCCUCAUCGACAUGGUCUUUCUGUACCAGAGUUUUUAUGCACAUCUGCCUGACCGCUUGGCCAACUUCACAUCCGACCUGUCUGAGAUGUUUCCUGCUGGCAUCUAUGACACCAAAUAUGUCACUGAAUUUGAGCUCCGGCUCACUGCCUCCUAUUUGGAGUAUGCCUAUAAGAAAUGUAAGCUGGAUAACAGUCGCAGUGUGACCUCCGGAGGGAGCGGGCCUCACUUUCAUGUAGAGUUCUGUCAGUAUCCCGGUCACAUGUCCAGCUAUGUGGACUACAGAGUGUGUCCAGCUGUGGCCUCUGCGGAGGGACAGACUGAAAUCUGUGAGCACUUCUCUGGGUUCGGCUGGUGUACGAAUGGCAACCAGUGUCCGUUAUCCCAUGACACUGACCUGAUCAUCCUCCAGGACGAGAAAGGCACGGGGGACAAGAGAAAAAAGAGGAAGAGACAUAGAGAGAAGAAGAAAGGUGGAGGCAAAUCAGCGGAGGGCUCUUCCAUCUUUGACGGUGCCCCUGAAAGCAAAAUACCCCACAUGGAGGUGGAUCCUGAAGAAACACCAGAGGACCAGCAAGGGGCUGAGCGGGCCCCAGAAAGAAGGCCACUAAUGGACAGUGACGGGAACACCCAACCAAAUGAAGGAGAGGACAUGAACACAGGCAGCGAGGGGAACAGAAUCUGUGAAGACACUGCAGACUUCCAAAACCUUGCACCAACGCUCACAAAUGAUGACAACACUAACACAAAAACCAACACAAAUGAUGGUUUAGAAAGCAGAACAGAAAAUGUAGGGGGAGAAAAGUUAAGUGACCCCACGCCCAAGAAUGAUCAGACGAAGAAGGCUGACUCAGGGACGCACCGGGCCGGGUUUGAUGCCUUUAUGACGGGAUACAUUUUUGCCCACUCAUGUACCAUCAUCAAGAAGGAAGGAGUGGGAGCUGGAGAGAAGGAGCAGCAGAAGGAAGAGGAGCAGUCGUGGCUUCCUACAUGUUUAAAUAAGGUUUACCUCAGCCGCAAGACAGCGCCUCUCAAUGUGGUAAAAAGCACCUUCUCCAAAUCGUCCAAGGCCCAUGUGCACAAGAUGGAGGUCGUAUGGGGGCGGAGAGUGUAGUGUGCACACUUGCACACCGCAUUAUACUGUAUAUGUGCAGGUUCACAAUUAGAUUUUUUUUUAGUCACGCUAGCAGCUAGUUUCUGAAUUUCUGUUGAGUUUUUAGGAAUAGCGGGAUAAAAUGUCAAAUUUUUCAUCCAUUUGAGUCAGUUUUUUAUGUUCCCACAUUAUUUGUAUUUCUUUAGCAAACUUAACUAAACAAACUGUAAAUAUUAUUGGGGGAAAAAAAUGGAACUAGUGACUUGUGAUUGUAAAACCAGCAAUACAUACAAUGGAGAGGCACCUGUUUUAAUUUAGUCGGCUAGUGUCUCUAAGGUUUCUAUUGAAACAGCCAAAGUGAGAUGAUGAUUGAUAUGCAUUUAUACCACAGUUCAGAUUUGGUAUCAUUAACUGUUUCUGAAGUUGUCUGUGGAAAAUAAACGAAUGCUCUUUAA